AUGUUGGUAUCUCCAGUGCUGGUCGCCUUCACUACCCUUUGUUCCCUGACCACCUUCACCCUUGUCGCGGCUGACAUCCCCGCCUAUCACGAGUCGGCCGAUUACGACCGCGGCCUGAAAGGCUCCUGGCCACAUCAAUACUACCGUUCGGCGCCAGAAGUCGGUCCUGUCAUCAACUACCGACAGCACGACGAGCGCUGCGAUGAUGGACAGUAUACGCUUAUCGCGCCGCGGGGCGGCGGCGUGACUACCGCUGGGCCGAUGAUCCUCGACCAGAAGGGAGCUCUGGUCUGGACCAAGCCGUACGGGCAGACAUACAAUGUCAACAUCUAUAAUUUCAAGGGGAGGGAUUAUCUCACGUUUUGGACAGGAAAUGAUGGUGUCGUCGGGCAUGGUGAUGGGGUAUACUAUAUGCUCGACUCGUCAUAUAAUGUAGCCUACACGAUCAAAGCUGCCAACGGUCUCCCUGCCGACCUCCACGAGUUCCAGAUCACUCCCAACGGCACUGCCAUCUUCACCAUCUACGAUAUUAUUGCCGCGGACCUAAGCUCAGUCGGCGGAUCUGCCGACGGCUGGAUCUGGGAUGGGACUUUCCAGGAGGUGGACAUUGAGACGGGCGAGCUGGUCUUCCAGUGGCGUGCAUCAGAACACUUCAACUUCACAGAGGCGUAUCGCGGACGCGAAGGGAACGGCGACCGCAGAGAGCAGGCGUGGGACUAUUUCCACAUUAACAGCAUCGACAAGGACGACAGGGGCAACUACCUUAUCUCUUCUCGCUAUUUUCAUGUCCUAGCGUAUAUCGAUGGUCGCACAGGCGCGGUGAUCUGGAAAUUGGGCGGCAAGGACAACAUGUUCACCGACCUGUCGGACGGGGCUGCCACCAACAUCAGCUGGCAGCACCACGCCCGGUUUCACAAAGACGGCCACGCCAUUACCGUCUUCGACAACGGGUCGCGCGGUCAAGGCGCCCCGAUGAAUCCCAGCCGGGGGCUUUUCAUCGACAUCGACCACGAAAGCUUGACCGCCAAGGUGCGCCACCAGUACUGGAACCCGCUGCCCAUCAGCUCCCAGUCGCAGGGCUCCGUGCAGAUCCUCGACAGCGGCAACGUGCUUGUGGGCUACGGCUUCAGCGCUGCCUGGACAGAGUUCACCAUGGACGGCGAGGUGCUGUGCGACAUACACUUUGGUCCGACGCUGGGCUUCAGCGACGGCAGUAUCAUCUCAUACCGCGUUUUCAAACAUGCCUGGGUCGGGGACCCAAACACCAACCCUGCUAUCGCUCUAGAAGGAUACGAAAUCUACGUCAGCUGGAACGGGGCGACAGAAGUCAAGACCUGGGUGUUACAGGGAUCAGACAUUGACGAUGGCGAUGACGAUGAAGAAGAAGAAGAAGAAGGGGAUAACUUCCACUUCAUUUCCGCCGUAGCCAAGGACGGGUUCGAAACCACCAUCCCCAUCCCCACAGACACAACAUACACGUACCUGCGCGCCCUGGCCUUGAACUCGACAGGACACACCAUCGGCACGACAGUCGCGAUGGAAUGGGACUCCUCCGGAGUACAAGUCCUAAUGGGGGUUGUAGACGACAAGGCGAAAGAAAAAGCCAGACGUCGUUCUAUGAAAGCAUGGGUCUUCUUUGCCGUCGGCUUCGGUUCAGCGAGUCUCCUGGCCUUCUGUUCCUGGCUCAUUGGCUUCUGCGUCCGGCGUGCGAGGGCAAAGAAGAGAGCCCGUGCAUCGGCGGCAGCAGGCGGUACAGCGUGGCAGGCGGCCGAUUUCGAUCUAAACGACCUGGUCGUUGAAGACGACGACGACGACGACAUGGAGCAUGUCGGGGCUGACUUUGCGCUGCUCAGAAAGAAGGAUUGGGUGGAUGGAGAUGACGGGGAGGAGGCAGACGAGCUAGGGAGACAGUUGCAGGAAGAUGAAGAAGAGGGCGAUGAGUCCAGGGUUCUCUUACAAAAGGAGACUGUAUAA